AUGUUCUACGAGCGCUACACCGAUGGAAGCAACGAGGGCAUCAGAUACGUUGGGUCAGGAAUGGGCAACAUGGAGACCAAGCUUGUGGAGGUCGGCGCAGGCCAAGGCAGCUACUCCAAGGAGAAGAGCGCCACCUAUGGCUACAGGUGCCGCCCUGCCUGCUGGUGCUGCUUAUGCAUCCCGCUGCUUCUCCUGCCAUUGCUAUUCUUCUGCCCCGUGCGCUCGUUCUUUACCGGUGAGGUGUGUGCGGGCGCGGCUGAUCCGUGCGAUCCGUGCUAUGGCGCCGUGGUGCCGGGACUCGUUGACAGCAGCUGCUGUUUGACUUGCGGGGUCUCCUGCGCGGACCCCGUCACAGAGGCUCCGCACUACCACGAGGUCGUCCGCCGCCACUACAACACGGUGGUCAGGAAGGUGCCGGUGAACCACUACGUGAAGGUCCAGAUGCCGCAGGCGCCGCCCAUCAUCCACACGGUCCACGUGGUCAAGCCCAACGCCCACUACGACUGCUUCGAUGGCGACAACUACGCCUACAAGACAUGGUCCGGCCCACACACGCGGUGGUGCUGCUACAAGUACAAAGAGUACUGUCCCAAGCAAGUCGUGAACCGCAACAUCUACCACCACGUGACCAAGAUCCAGCGGGUGCACGUACCGGUGCCGGUCCAAGCAGCGCGCCCUCCUCCAAUCAUCCACAACAUCCCGCAAGUCUACCACAUCCCGAGCCCGCCGAAGUACGUGCACGUGCCGGUGCCGGGGCCCACCGUGGUCCAUCACGUCGUGGUCAACAAGGACGUGCCGUACCCCGUGCGGCAGCCUCCCCAGGUCAUCACGGUGAAGAAGCCCUACACGGUCAAGAUCGCCGGCCGCAGCCAUUAUGUGCACGUCCCGGUGCCCUCGCCGCCUCACAUCGUUCCCAAGUACAAGGUGCACGUUGUCACGGUGAUGGACUAU